CGCCAGUCAGGAGCAGGCCAGUGCAACGUGGUACUUCUUUCCUGUCUAGCACACACACACACACGCACGCACAUAGACGCAUUUGUACACGCAGGUCUUCAACUGCAUCUCUCUGUCGUUGUGAAGAGCUUUCGUCCUUGGGCACUUCUCCCGCAGCGCCUGCUCAGCCAAAGAGGCUGGACUCUUGACUCAAGCAGUAGCAGCAGCAGCUAUCGGCAUGUCGCGGAAAAUGCUGGUCGACUCGCCGAACGCGGCCCUGGACAAGAGCCUGCUCAACAGGUACCUCGCCCUGCCCCAGCCAGACGACAAGAUCCAAGCUGAGUACAUCUGGAUCGACGGCACCGGCGAGGGCAUCCGCAGCAAGACCAGGACCCUCAACAGCAUCCCCAACAAGCCCUCCGAUCUGCCGGUCUGGACGUACGACGGCAGCUCGACCUACCAGGCCCACGGCGUCAACAGCGAGAUCUUCCUCUGCCCGGUGGCCGUGUACAAGGACCCCUUCCGGCGCAACAACAACAUCCUCGUGCUCUGCGAGACCUACAACUUCGACCACACGCCCACGGCCUCGAACAAGCGCAUCGUCUGCAAGGAGGCCAUGGAGUCGGGCCCGGUGAAGAAGGAGGAGCCCUGGUUCGGCAUCGAGCAGGAGUACACCUUCCUCGACGUGGACGGCCGGCCGCUCGGCUGGCCGAGGAACGGCUUCCCCGGGCCCCAGGGGCCCUACUACUGCGGCGUCGGCGCCGAGCGCGUCACCGCCCGGGAGAUCGUCGAGGCCCACUACCGCGCCUGCCUCUACGCGGGCGUCCCGAUCUGCGGCACCAACGCCGAGGUCAUGCCCUCCCAGUGGGAGUACCAGGUCGGCCCGAGCCUCGGGAUCCGCGCCGGCGACGACCUCUGGCUCUCCCGCUUCAUCCUGCACCGCAUCGCCGAGGAGUACGGCGUCGUGGUCAGCCUCGACCCGAAGCCCGUGGAGGGCGGCUGGAACGGCGCCGGGGCCCACACGAACUUCUCGACCAAGUCGAUGCGCGCCGAGGGCGGCCUCGCCGAGAUCGAGCGGGCCAUCGAGCGCAUGAGCAAGCGCCACGCGGAGCACAUCCGGGCGUACGACCCUCGCGAGGGCAAGGACAACGAGCGCCGACUCAUUGGCGCCUGCGAGACCAGCAGCAUCGACAAGUUCAGCUCGGGCGUGGCCGACCGCACGGCCAGCGUGCGCAUCCCCAGGGCCGUCGCCGAGGAGAAGAAGGGCUACCUCGAGGACCGCAGACCCAGCAGCAACUGCGACCCCUACGCCGUGACCAACGCCCUCGUGCGCACCUGCAUCCUCAACGAGUAAACCCCCUUCCUCGCCCCCUCCCCCUCCCCCUCCCCCUCCCCGUUACCUUCCGCUCCAAGCUGCGACAAAUCAAAAGGGACCUGAUGUACGCGUAGAUGUCGACUAUUUUAACGCCAUUAUUGUGAUAGCUAGACUCUUCCCCCGCCCCAGCUGUAGCCGAAUAACGCGUAUAAUGUGUGUAUGAGCUGUCCCGCUCUCUUUCUCUGUCCUACGCACACACAGAAUAAAACUACAUUCCUGUAUACUAUUAUGCUUGUUACGUUGCGCGGAAUCGAUUACUAAUUGCAAGUCGUUUAUUAGGUUACGCCGUUGUGUCGAACGCAGAGCCGUCGUGUUCUCCUUUUGUGAUAAUUCUGCGAAAUUCGUUGCGAUGUCGAAUGUCGAUGCGCUCAAACGUAUUAUAUUAUGCCCAUACGCGUAUAAACGGAGGGAACAGUAGACCGAAAGAAUUAUUUUUCCUAUACGAUAUAAAUUGUAGUCGACGGACGUCUAACGCCGCAUUCCGAUGGAUUGUAUAUUUUCAUACUUGUACAAAAGGAUCACUACGUAUGUUUUUCUUAAAACGCGUUGCGGGUCGACGCUCUCGUAUCGAGGAGAGAUGAGCUGAUGUGUAUAACGACACUUCCAACGAUAUGUACAAUGAUACUUUGCGACAUGUAGACGAUAGUUAAUUAUAUUUUUCCCCGAGAAAGAGAGACACUUUGUAUAAGAUUUCUCUGCGUUGAAGCGAGGAUCGCACUUGUUAAGUUGCAUAAUAAAUUAUUAUAUAAAAAGA